AUGUCUGUCACCGCCACUGCCAACGUCCUCCCCGAGGGCCACUUCCUCUUCACCUCCGAGUCGGUCGGUGAGGGUCACCCCGACAAGAUCUGCGACCAGGUCUCGGAUGCCAUCCUCGACGCCUGCCUGGAGCAGGACCCCAACUCCAAGGUUGCCUGCGAGACGGCCACCAAGACGGGCAUGAUCAUGGUCUUUGGUGAGAUCACCACCAAGGCCCAGAUCGACUACCAGAAGGUCAUCCGCAACACGAUCAAGAAGAUUGGCUACGACAGCUCCGAGAAGGGCUUCGACUACAAGACCUGCAACGUCCUCGUCGCCAUCGAGCAGCAGUCGCCCGACAUUGCCCAGGGCCUCGACCACGGCUCGCUCGAGGACCACGGUGCCGGUGACCAGGGCAUCAUGUUUGGCUACGCCACCGACGAGACCGAGGAGCUCAUGCCCCUCACCCUGAUGCUCUCGCACAAGCUCAACCUGGCCAUGUCGGCCGCCCGCCGCGACGGCACGCUCGGAUGGCUCCGCCCCGACUCCAAGACCCAGGUCACCGUCCAGUACAAGAAGGACGGCGGCGCCACCGUCCCCGUCCGCGUCGACACCGUCGUCAUCUCGACCCAGCACGCCGAGGAGAUCUCGACCGAGGACCUGCGCAAGGAGAUCAUGGACAAGAUCGUCAAGAAGGUCAUCCCCGCCAACCUCCUCGACGCCAAGACCGUCUACCACAUCCAGCCCUCCGGCCGCUUCGUCAUCGGCGGUCCCCAGGGAGACGCCGGCGUCACGGGCCGCAAGAUCAUCGUCGACACCUACGGCGGCUGGGGCGCCCACGGCGGUGGUGCCUUCUCCGGCAAGGACUUCUCCAAGGUCGACCGCUCGGCCGCCUACACUGCCCGCUGGGUCGCCAAGUCGCUCGUCGCCGCCGGCCUCGCCCGCCGCGUCCUCGUCCAGUUCUCGUACGCCAUCGGUGUCGCCGACCCGCUCUCGGUGUUUGUCGACUCGUACGGCACCGGCAAGAAGCCCGACGCCGAGCUCGUCCAGAUCAUCCGCUCCAACUUCAACCUGCGCCCCGGUGUCAUUGUCAAGGACCUCGGCCUCCAGAAGCCCCAGUACCUUGCCACCGCCGCCGGCGGCCACUUCGGCAGGCCCGAGUUCAGCUGGGAGCAGCCCAAGAAGCUCCAGUUCUAA